AUGGGGAUUCAAGAUCCUACCAGAUCAGAUCAGCCUAAACAGGGAGACCUUCAACGUGGGAAGGCCCCCAAAAAUAACGAUGAAAGCCGCUCCCUGCCUUUCAAGGGCAAAACAGUCUCCCAAGCUGACGCCGAGCUUCGUGAACGACUCGAACAAAUGUCUGGAGAAGGAGGAGCUUCUGGCAUUGAAUACGAAGAUGGCAAGCCUAAUGCCAUGAAGCGUGGUGUACGAAACAACAUGUUCCGAUUGAUUUGA